GCGAUGCCCGCCGGGGCUUUCUUCUUAUUUUCUUCUUCUUCUUCUUCUUCUUCUUCUUCUUCUUGCGCUUUGCUCUUAGCUUUGAAUGGAUAAACACGACAAUUCGAUUCGUCGAAAAUAUGACCCCCGCAUUGGGGACGAGGCGGACGGCGGCGACGAGUCACCCCGCCCGGACUCAGAGGUCUCACGAACGGAAAAGACGACCAAGCCACGUCUCGUGAAGAGGGAGUCAUCGCAGGCAGCAAAGGAGGACGUUGAUGUCGACAAGAAGAGCGACAACAAACUUUUCACUCUGCCGAGCAGUCUUGCUUGGAUUCCACCGAACUUGACUUGGCCGAAAUGGAAGAUUGUGCUGCGCUGUGCGAUUGCAGCAUGGGUAUCUGUCGUGUUGAUGGUCAUUGACCCGGUUCUGAAGACGAUGGGGCAGGCUGGGUUCUUGAUCAUCAUUGCCUCGUUUCUUUCGCCUCCAAGUGAUCCACUUGUAGCAAACUUGGAGCGCGAAAUAUUUCUUCUCGCGUUCGUUUCUGCAGCUUGGGGCUGGAGCUGUCUCGGCAUCUGGCUAGCUAGUCUUACACGCUCAGAAAUUAUUGUGACUGCUACAAAUGAGGAUAUCUGGUCGGGGCGCUAUGUCGAAGCUGCUCCCUCCGUCAUCAUGGCUGUCUUCUUAUUUCUCGGAGCUGCCGUCUUCCUUUAUAUCAAAGCAAGACAAGGGCCCGGUCCAUUCCUCAUCGCUACUAUAUUUGGGUGUAUUGCUCUCGACAUAUCCUUCACGACAGCUGUUCUGUAUCCGUAUGCUCUAUAUAGGAUCGGUCAAGCCAUUGUAGUCCCACUAGCCUACCACUCUGCGAUCUCACUACUAGCCUCAAUCCUCAUCUUCCCCUCUUCCGUUUCCUCCCAAUACACACGCGCAUUCCGAGGCGUCGUCGCCCCCCUUUCCGCCACAUUCUCACACCACCGCAUAAUCCUCUCCAUCUCUACCUCAUCACCCGAAUUUUCACCCAAAGCCGCCAUCGACAGUACGCUCCAAGCUGAGGGAGCCCUCGUCCCUCUUGGUGCUUCGUAUCGGUUGCUCAAACGCGACAUUGCCUGGGGAAGAUUCUCACCAGCUGAUCUCGCUUCGUUGAGGAAACGGCUGUUGAAGCUGCCUGUGCGCGCAAACGGGCUGAAUGUCUACUGGGCGCUUAUCGAUCCGACGAGAGAACGAUUCCCAGUCACGCCUGUGCCCUCUAGGCCCGCCACACCAGCCACUUCGAGACCUACUUCUCCAGUACAUUCGCGUCCGCCAUCUCCUUCAAGUGAUCACGAGCACGAGCGUGGUUCGGUCAUUCACCAACCGAGCCCAGCCACACCGACCUCACCUAUCUCACCGACGUCACCUAUCCUCGAGGGUGUACGGAUGGCUUCGGGCUUCGGUACGGGCUCAAGUUCAGACGAGAAGGAUAAGAUGUCGACGAGGACGGGACGGAAGAUGCAGCGCCACCAUACGCGGUUCGAUCUGGGCAAUUCGAGUCCUGCGCCUUCGCCUCGCGCAACCACGCCCGUUUCUCUCUACCGUCGCCACUCGCACGUCUCCCACCAUUCGCAUGCGCAUUCGCAGCUUCUGCAUAGUCUACAUCAUCUCUCUAUACACUCACACCAUCACCACCGCGAACACGUCGUCGGUGUAUUCGAAUCACAACGAUACAUGGACCUCGAGUCUACGCAUUUUUCGCAUCCUUUAUCUGUGUUCUAUACCGAACGGGCGACGGAGUUGUUGAGAGAGGGAUGCGACGAGCUGUUGACUGCGAAUAUGGAGGCGUUGAAGGGGCUGGACGAUUGGUUGGGGUGGAGUAGGAUGGAUAGGUGGACGUUUUGGAAGGGCGGAGAGAAGAAGAGGAGGUUGCAUCAGGAACGGCUCGUUGGUGUCAGGAAAACGAGGCUUGAUUUGGCGGAUUCGUUGGAGAGGUUUAGGAAAGACAAGAGGUUUACGGUGCUGGAGCCGUACAGGUCCGCGUUUAGUGCGGAGCACAAGGGGAUGCUGACGGGUGAUGGCGUCCCGCCACAUCGAUAUCUUUUCCAUUGUUUCUUGUACCAGUAUCACCUCAUGAGGUUCUCCGAUAACUUGCUCGAACUGCUUGAGGACAUUGCGAUCCUGGAGCAGGAACGGCCAAAAUGUAGACUAUGGCUUCCGCAGGUGCCACUCCUCAAGUUCUUCACGGGCGUCUGGGAGCAUUCUGUCGACAUCGACAGAGAAGAGGAUGAGGAUCCCGACAUCAUCCAGGGUAUGGAUCCAACGUUUAACGACCUCGGACUCGCAGAGCGCCGUGAUCCCGACGCACUCCCGCCACGAAAUUAUUUCGAGAGCGUGAUGAACUUUUUGUAUAACUUGCUCCAGGCAAUGUCGAGGGGGGAUGUGUUGUUCGCGCUGAAGGCCGCCAUGUUGACAGUUAUACUCAGUUUGCCUAGUUUCAUCAAGUCUUCUGCGGGCUUUGCGUAUACCGAACGUUUUAGCUGGGCGAUCUUCAUGGGCCAACUCACUCUCGCCCGAUUCCGCGGCGACACCACGUUCGGCCUCGUAGCCCGUAUCUUCAGUACCUUCGCCGGCGGACUCGUCGGCACCUCGCUCUGGUACAUUUCGACUGCGAAAGGGACAGGUAACGCGUAUGGGCUCGCGGGCGUGUUCGCGGUCGUGCUCCCUUUUGCUUUUUUCGCGAGACUCAAUUGGCCGGGGCCGCCGAUGGUGAAUAUGAUCUUUUUCGUUACGGUCGUGUUGGUCGUUGGGUUCUCGUGGCAGAAUACGCAUUACCGAUUGGGCUCGUUCGCGGCGUAUGGGAUCAAUCUUGCCUGGCGACGAUUCGUCCUUGUCACAGUCGGAGUGUUCGCAGCUUUCCUCUUCUCCUUCCUCCCUCCCUCCACCACCCUCCGACGGUAUCAACGCACCUCCCUCGCCACCACGGUCUCCGAGAUCGGCAACAUCUACUGCUCGAUCGUCUCCUUCGCGAACUCGAGCCCGGGGUCGAGACACCACAACUCAGAAGAGACACAGGAGAUCGUGCAGAGUCUGCUUGCGGUCAGAGCGAAGCUGAAGAGGUCUUUGGUUUUGAAGACGAAUAUUAUAUACGAGUUCUCGAUGCGGGGGACGUGGCCUGCGGAACGGUAUCAUAAAGUCUUGGACCAACAAUUACAAAUCGCAUACCUGCUCUCUCACCUGAUGUCAAUCGUGCAACACCUCGAGCCGGCAUGGAAUCGCGCCUUCCUUCGACGGACGAGGUUCCUCGAUGCAGAUUUUCAGGGGGAUGUGCUUGCUGUUAUCAGUUUGAUAUCAACAGCCCUCCGGACGGGCAACCCCUUGCCGCAGAUCACGCCCUGCCCGUUAUUCGAUCGGUUCAUUGUGCAUAAUCAUGGGUUGAAUAUCAUUAGGGGGGAGGCGGACGACGAUUAUGGGUUGCCGAGGACGAUGACGAUGGAGGCGUUAGAAAAUGAGCAGUAUCUAUGUUUCUGCGUCGGCGUAUCGACGGCGUUCGGGAUCGUCACCCGUCUGGAUAACUUGAUGUUGGCGACGAAGGAGUUGGUGGGGGAGCAGUAUCAUAUACAUGGGGUCGGGUAUGUGUCGAAGACGGGAGGGGUGGAGAUGCAGUCCAGGACGAGUUCGUUGAGGCCUUCGAGGGAUGUUUGAACGGAGAGCGGAAGGUCGUUGCGCUGUGUGUGUAGUGGAGGAUGGGGCUGAUAUAGACGGGUGAUAUAGGGUCCUUUGGGAUAUAGAGGUCUGGGUGUAGAGCGGCUCAUUAUUGUUGACGUGCCAGGAUCCAGGGGUCGGGCUGGGUAAAAUGCAGAUUCUCUUUUUCUGUUGGGUUGGUUGGACGUUGGGUUUCUCGAUUUGUUAUCCUGGUGGAGUACGUACUACCAUCUAUUCAGGCAUCUGACUAUCUGUAUUCAGGCAUCUGACUAUCUGUUCGUGGUACAUACUUGGUUUCUUCAUUCAUCUCCUCACGAUAGUUCGUGUUCAAUGAAAUGGUCACGAUGAUUU